AUGCUGAGAAUUCAAGCCAGAAACUUCUCAAAUGGUGCUGCUAUGCAAGCUGCUGCCAAGAAGAAAGCCCCAGGGUUCUCCAAAGCGCAAUCUGGGGGCAAAAAAACUACGAAGAGAGUUACUGCAGGCUCCAUGUACAAAAGAUGGCAACCUGCAGUGGCUACAGCCAAUUUACACAAGAACGCAACUUUUGUUGAUCUACCCAUCUUCAACCCACAGAAGAUGAAAGGUGUCGAGGUCAAUUCUUUCUCCGAACAUCAGCUACAAUUCUUAUAUCGCCUUGGCUCUUUCAGACAGAACCAAUUCAAUGAAUUAUUCACACGUCCUGUGUCUCUUGUAAGAGAUUCGACCACCAAAAAGUUAUUCGAUACUUUGGAAAAGUCUGCUAGCAAGAGAAUAGUAAUUACUGGUGAACCUGGUGUCGGUAAGACCACUCUUUUAGCGCAAUUACAUGCUCAGGCACUCGAAAAGAAAGCUCUAGUGUUCUCGAUUUCUAAUUCGGAGAUACUCACCAAUGGGAGAACAGACUUCUUUGCCGAAGGAGAAAAAUACAUCCAACCAAUGCUUGUGAAGAAACUAUUAACAAAAUUUGCAAAGUCAAACAGCAAGGAACUACUACAGUCCAUUACCCUAUCGGAUAAUUACAAGUUAGUUCAUUCUGAAGGUAAGGACUUGUCCGUUAAGAGAAACGUUAACCUAACCAAAGGUAAAUCUACUCUAUCUGAUUUGCUAAACAUAAAGGCACCAUCCCGUAAUAGAGGCGCGGUAUUUGAUGCUCUUAUCAAGGAACUAACAACACAAACUAAAAUCCCGGUAUACUUCACCGUGGACAACUUUUCUCAUCUGUUAACCACCCCUUUCACAGCUUACAAAGACACAUCCAAUAAAAACAUUCACCUAUUGAAGUUUCAAAUCGGUCAAUCAAUCUUUGACCUUGUUUCUGGUGAUCUAAAGUUCGCAGCUAAAAACAGCUGUGUUGUGCUUGCAACGUCAGGCAGUGACAGAACUAACAGAACUCUUCCAAUCGGUUUGAACAAACUUCCUCAUGACCCAUACUUAACAAGAUACCAUUAUGAGCCAUUACUAGCCGAAAAGUUACUCAAAGGUAAAUGCGAGGAAUUUGAGGUUGCUAAACUAAGCAAAAUCGAGGUUGCUAAAUUGAUAGAAUUUUAUCAAAAGGCUGGUAUAUUGUUGGAGAAAGAUUUGCAAAACAAGAGUUUGGAACAGCUCACCGAGGAGAAAUAUUUCUUGAGUGGGAACGGUAAUCCAAGAGAAUUACUCAAGAGCAUUGCUUUAUAUCCAUUUUAA